AUGAAAAAAUCUAUUGAGGAAGUACUAUGUGGAAAGCCAGUUUUAACAACAGCAAAGAAGUAUGGUAUACCCAAAGUGACUUUGUUAUACAAACCAACAGGCAAAACUCCAUGCAGUAUAAAAAUGGGCCCAGAACCAUACCUGCAGAAAGAUCAGGAGAAGAUUUUAGUAAAGUGGAAUAGUGAUGUAUCCAGAGCCGGUUUUCCUAUACAACAACAGCAGCUUAUGAGCAGUGUUCAGAUACUAAAAGUUGAAAUAAUAUUACAAUAUUAUUUCAAUGAAAAAUUUUUUAGUUUUCUUCUUGUUUCAGUUGCUUACGAAGGAACUGAGUAA